AUGACCGCCCCCAACUCCGCCCCUGCCUCGAGCAGGAAAAGGGUCCGAAGACGCAGACAAGACAAGCCCGCCUUGUCGGCCAAAUUGGUCCUCGAUGCCCAUGUCAAGGGCGAUGUUGGUGUCAUUGCUACCGACCUCUUCGCCGACCUCUUCCCUCAUCUCUGGGCUAAUGGCGACAGCCAGGACACCGUUCAUGUUGCAAUCGCUCCUUGGGCACCAAGCCAAACCCCCGAGGCCAACAACUGGUCCAUUGUACCCGUCAUUCGAUCUUCCACCGUUGCGCCGUCCACUGUACAGUUCUCGCCCUCAUCGCUGGCCCUCCAGUCUUUCGCGACGCACCUCCAGCAGGCUGCGCCCUCAAAGCUUUCCGGCCAUAACAAAGGUGGCAUUGAGAUCCUGAUCUUGGAUGUUUCGCCCAUCGAGCUCGAUACCGUCUUUGUAAGCCUUGACGGAGAAUUGGCUAAGAGACUGGAAGAUGGGGAGGGAACCUUCUUCCGCGAACACCCAGUCAACGGCAAGGGCAAGGCUCGUGCCGAUGCUACCCCUGAGGAACACUUGACAGCUGCUUUGCGCACUGCCCUCGGUACCUUGAAGAUUGUGCAUUCUGGCGAUCUCUUCCCAUUGCCACUACCACCUCACCCAGUUACCCACCAACCUCCAAACCCAGGACGGAUAACGCUUUGCGAACCUGUGGCUCAGGGUAUCCUCGCCCCUACUACAAAGAUCAUCGUGUCGAGAGUGCGCACCAGCAAGACCAAACGUAGCUCUGCAUCUGGCCAGCAACAGGGGCGCAAACUGAACGGAGUGGCCGAAGACGACGAAGAUGCCUACUUCUCGGCUGCCGAGGAAGACCGCGACAGCAAGACCGAUGCCCAAACGGCUGAAACAGAUGCAGACGAUACCGAAUUCGAGCCACAGGCUGGAGAAGAUGAGGACAACUUGUCGGAUGAUUCAUUAGACGAAAUAAUAUCCCUUCAAGUUCCUACUCUACCCACUACGGUCACCGGCCAAUCUACAAUAGGAACGGGCACCCCGACGAUGCUCAGGGGCAGGAAGACUAACGGUCCUGGGUCGGUUAUCUCUAGUUAUACUGCCACCACCGCCAGACCAGACCGACCUCGUGGCCGGCUCUUCAAGGCGCAAGGAUUAAUGAAACCUAUCCCACCUGAUCUGCUCCACCCUAAACCUACAUCCGAAGACGAUGAAGAAGCGUGCAUCUACGUGGAUAUGAGGGAUCUCACUAGGGUGGGCUGUUUCUCUGGAGACUGGGUACGAGUCGAGGCGGCCUCUGAACCGCCCUCCAACGGGCUCGGCGCGUUUGGUUUGGGAAGCUUCGUGGAACAGGAAGCAGACGAGAUUAACUGGAGACCUGCGAGGGUUUUCGGCCUGCCUGAAGGGUAUUCGAGCCGUUCGGCGACCAGGUCACACCACUCUAGACAUGAUAGCCGGAACUCGUCCUUCUUUGAGGCACAGUCCCAAAACUCAUCCUUGAAGCCACCAUUUGCUCGCGAGGUGAUCCUACAACAUGUGAGAACACCCACAGCGGUCGAGAGAGACGUACAGUCUGCGGUCAUGGCUGGCCUGAAACACUAUUUUGAGAGGAGAUUGCGGGUUCUCAAGACUGGAGAUCUCAUUGCUGUACCCAUUGACACCCAGUUGGGCAAGGCUCUCCAGGAGAGUACAAUCCCUGGUGAGGAUUCUGCCAUCGAUGAGGUCUUGGGUCUGAUUGCUGCAACACGUCCCGGACAGAGCCUACAUUAUGACGAUGUUGCCUGGUUCAGGGUUGGUCACGUCCAGGCCAUGAAGCAAGACACCACAGAAGCAGUCGAUGGCGAGGAGGCAGAGGAUCUAUGGGGCGGAAUCGCCUGUGUAGAUAUUUCGCUCACACAUUUAGAACAGACAGGAUCUGUCACAGGCCGCAUUCCGGGCACGAUAUCCAACAGCUGGCAGUAUUACCUGGGUAUCAGGAAGCUUCCCAAGCACCAGCAAAACCCAGGGCUACCUGCUCAACUGCAAAUACUAGAGCCCGAGAAGCAGUAUGUCUCAUCGCUCCGAAGGAAACUUCGCGAGCUCAUGGCUGCCGCCACCAGUAAACCCGCGCUUCAUCUCAACCUGCCACCACUGGCCAUUCUCCUUGUGUCGACGCAAAGGCAUAUCGGCAAGGCAGCCACCGCCAUGCAAGCCUGUUCAGAUAUUGGUCUGCACACAUUUGCCAUAGACGCUUAUGACAUUGUGAAUGAUGGCGGUGGUGGAGGUGGUAGCGAUGUCAAGACAGCUGGGUUCUUGACAUCGCGCGCUGAGCGUGCUAUGAGCUGUGGUCCCGAAUCAUGCGUCCUCCUGGUCCGCCACAUUGAAGCCCUUACUGCCGACCGCAUGGUUUCUUCCAUCAAGGAAAUCUUGGCCGACGCUAGGGUUUUGAUCGCCACCACCACCGAGGUUGAGAAGGUCCCCGACGGCAUCCGUGCCCUCUUCACACACGAGUUGGAGAUGAGUGCCCCCGACGAGCAGGAGAGAGAGGGUAUCCUCAGCUCCAUCCUCGCCGACCGCGGCAUCGGUCUUGACCAUGGGGUAGAUCUCAGCGGCAUCGCCCUCAAGACUGCCGCGCUCGUAGCAGGCGAUCUCGUCGACGUUGUUGACCGUGCCUUGGUUGCGCAGCGAUCCCGCCUGGAGAGGCUCACCGCCAAAGCGACUGGCAGCAUCACCUUCCGUGACGUUCAGCUCGCUGGUGGUCCAGCCGCCUCUGGCCUGACCAAGCAGGAUUUCGAAUUAGCCGUCGAUGCCGCCCGCAAGAACUUUGCUGAUUCCAUCGGCGCGCCGAAGAUCCCCAACGUCACAUGGGACGACGUCGGUGGCCUAGGCAACGUCAAAGACGCCAUCACCGAGACCAUCCAGCUUCCGCUUGAGCGCCCCGAGCUGUUCGCCAAGGGCAUGAAGAAGCGCUCCGGUAUCCUGUUUUACGGACCGCCCGGUACCGGCAAGACGCUCCUGGCCAAGGCCAUCGCCACCGAGUACAGCCUCAACUUCUUCAGCGUCAAGGGUCCCGAGCUGUUGAACAUGUACAUUGGUGAGUCCGAAGCCAACGUGCGGAGGGUGUUCCAGCGUGCCCGCGACGCCCGGCCUUGCGUCGUCUUCUUCGACGAGCUGGACUCCGUCGCUCCCAAGAGAGGUAAUCAGGGCGACAGCGGCGGUGUCAUGGAUCGUAUCGUGUCGCAGCUGUUGGCGGAGCUCGACGGCAUGUCGGGCGGCGAAGGCGGAGGCGGUGGUGUGUUCGUCAUCGGUGCGACCAAUAGACCUGAUUUGUUGGAUCCUGCACUGCUGAGACCCGGUCGCUUCGAUAAGAUGUUGUACCUGGGUGUCUCGGACACGCACGACAAGCAGGUGACUAUCAUGGAGGCUUUGACUAGAAAAUUCACUCUCCACCCAACCGUCUCCCUUCGCUCUGUGGCCGAGCGUCUCCCUUUCACCUACACCGGCGCCGACUUCUACGCCCUCUGCUCCGACGCCAUGCUCAAGGCUGUUACCCGCCAGGCCACCUUGGUCGACACCAAGAUCCGCGAGCUCAACGCCGCCGCCGGUCCUGAGGGAAAACAGAUCUCGACUGCUUACUUCUUUGAUCAUUAUGCCACCAAGGAGGACAUCAGCGUCAUGGUAACCGAACAAGACUUUUUGGAUGCCCACAGGGAACUGGUGCCCUCGGUUAGUGCGGGCGAGUUGGAGCACUACGAGCAGGUUAGGGCUAUGUUUGAGGGGGCUAAGGAUAAGGACAAGAAGAAGGAGGGUGCUGAUGGUCAUGGCAACGGAGUGGAUGGACUUGAGAGCGGUAAUGGGAAUGGGAUGCUGGCUAUUACAAUGGGUGAUGACGGCAAGGGAAAGGGAAAGGCGGCUGAUAACGAGGUCAAUGGUGCUGGUAAAGGGAAGGGCAAGGAAGGCGUUUCGCCUUUCCAGGAAUCAGGAGGAGAUGAGGAUGAGGGGUUAUAUGAUUAGCAGGUUGGUGAUGUAAUUUUGGAUAGCAUGGGAGGGAAAGGGGUGUGAUAAUGCGGUUGUCAUGCUGCGCCGCAUGUACGUGGUUGAGAGAUGGGAUGGGACUACACUGCCUUUUUAGAAAUGUCUAGACAAAACGAGAGGUUGCCGUUAAAGGAGAGGGAUAGGUAAAUAAUCAAGCAACAUCGACGAUCAUGGAGAACAUGAAGUUGGCGUGGCAACUAGUCAGAUCUGGAGCACGUAAUAGACGAGUAUGGUUUU